AUGAUCCGCUUGAUAUCAAUAUCAAGGCGGUUCUACAGUACCCCGCCUCCUCAAUCAAAAAUUCGAAAUAUCGGAGUGAUCGCUCACGUCGAUGCCGGCAAGACUACAGUAACCGAGCGGUUACUGUAUCUAUCGGGUGCGAUUCAGAAUCCGGGACACGUGGAUAAGGGAACUACAGUAACCGAUUAUUUGGAUAUCGAAAGGGAGCGGGGGAUUACGGUACAAUCGGCGGCGGUGAAUUUGGAUUGGAAUGGGCAUCGAAUUAAUUUAAUCGACACGCCUGGACACGUCGAUUUUAGAGUGGAAGUAGAGCGAUGUGUCCGUGUGCUCGACGGAAUUGUCGUCGUGAUCGAUGGCUCCGCAGGUGUCCAACCACAAACCCUAACCGUCUGGGAUCAAAGUUCGAAAUUCAAACUUCCCGCCCAUUUCUUCAUCAACAAAUUGGAUAAAAAAGAGGCGAAUUUCGACAAAUCAAUCGAUUCGAUUCAACAAAAACUCGGAAUUCCGACGGUGAAAACAGUGAUUCCUCUGGCAGAUGGCACUGGAAUUCUGGAUAUUCUCAAUGGACGUCUUCUCAAGUAUUCUGAAUCUGAAUCCUCCGAUUGGUUGCCUUCUGAAUCCCCACAACUUCUGGAGGCUCGUUCCGACUUGUGCUACACACUUUCCGACCAUUCUCCCGAGUUUUUCACCCAUUUUUUGGAUGAAAACGAUGGAAAUCCGAUGAAAAUCUCGCCCGGAUUCAUUCAAACGACACUUCGAAAUCUCACCGUUUCCUCUAAAAUUGCUACAGUAUCCUGUGGAUCAGCCAUUAGAAAUUUGAAUUGUGUCAGGCCGAUUCUCGAUUCGGUCGCCAACUUUUUCCCGUCUCCAGACAUGAGAAAUCGAGAAUUUCAACGAGUUUUUGGAGACGAUUUGGCCGGUUUAGUGUUCAAAAUAACCCAUGACAAACGACGUGGCCAACUCUCUUAUAUCCGUAUCUACACUGGCCGCCUCCAAAACAAUUCAUCGAUAUUCAACACGAGUCAAAUGUCGUCUGAAGGACCGCUGAAAGUGUUCACUCCGUAUGCGGAUGAACUGAAAUCAGUGGAAUACGUGGAUUGGGGAAAUAUUGCAGUCGUCGCGGGUCUUCAGAAUACAGUAACCGGCGAUACGGUAGUACAGAAUGCCGGCAGUGCGGAUAAGGCGUUUGAGACCCUAAAAUCCCUGGACCACCAGGUUGACCUCCUACAAACAAAGACUUCUCAUGAAGGUCGCGCCGUCGUUUUCUCUGGAAUCGAGACUCCGGAUGCUGUAUUCUUUUGUUGCAUUGAACCACCAUCAAAUCGACAACAGCAACAGUUCAAUCGGGCACUCGAAGAGUUACAAAGAGAGGAUCCAUCGAUGAAAAUUCGAUUUGAUAGGGAUACGGGACAGACGAUUGUGGAGACUCAGGGAGAGUUGCAUUUGGAGGCGAUUAAGGAUCGAUUGAAGAGAAAUUAUAAAUUGGAUGUUUUCAUUGGAAAGUUGCAGGUCGCCUACCGUGAAAUGCUCACCGAAGAGCUCACCCACUCAGCUAAAGUGGAAGAUGGACUCAGUGAGAAGAAACGACCGGAAUUUGUGCAAUUGACGAUGCGACUGGAACCAACGAAAGCGCAUGUCCCGUUUAAAAAGAUCGAUCUAGACCUGCCACAAACUGCGAAACCCGUCCGACUCGAUUGGCAAAAAGCGAUCGCCGAGGGAUGCUCGAAUGCUCUUCAAAAUGGCCCGUUGGCUUCGUAUCCUGUUCAUGCAGUCCGCGUGAUCCUCACCGAGUGUGUCGUCAGUGGUGGGAAGAUCAAUCCGGCGCUUUUAUCCGCAUGUGCCCAAAAAUGUGUCUCCGAAUCGCUGAGCCGCGGUGAAAUGGUGCUGACCGAGCCAGUAAUGUCAAUACAAAUCGACGUUCGAAGUGACGAACCGACUCAACCGAUACUCAAUGAACUCAUCAAACGAAGGGCUCAAUUCGAACAUUCUGACACGUUGGAUUCCACAGAAUACCGUAGGAUUCAGGCGGUUCUUCCACUUUCUGAAACUGAGAAUCUAUCGAAAACAGUGAGGACAUUGACGAGUGGAUUCGGGGAUAUAAGUGUACAAUUCAGUGGAUAUCAACAGGUUCCAGAUCAUGAAAUGAAUUCGAUUCUGCAGCGGAGGAGCGAGGGAUUUUAA